CUCAUAGAAAUGAUCUAUGCUGAAAAAAAUUAUUUUACAAUUAGUCUGUCGUAAAACGCUAUUUUGCCUGGACUAUAGGUGAUUUGUAGUCCUUGAACUACGGUCUCUGAAAUCAGCUCAUUGGACUGGUACAUGUCACAAUCAUUUCAGAGUUGAAAUAACAUGAGUAGCCUACAGAGCCGUAUAGCUUACGAUGGCGAGGCAACUGUGUAAACUCGCACUUAUUACAUAUUAGCGCUUUGACAUUUACUAAUGCGAUUUUGUUUGCAUAGUUUUCUUCAAAUGCAACAUUUUACGACAACGUUAAAACAGUUGAAACUAUGUGAACUGGGGUUAGCUAAUGGCGAACUGUAGCCGAGGCAGCUGGGUUAUCACUAUCCUAAUUGACAGAAGUUAGAAUUAAGUUUUUUUGUUUGUUCUGGUAUUAAAACACACAUGCUUAUUUGCAACAGCUUGGUGCCAUUGUGUAGAAAUGCCACCCAGUGAUUACUUUAAAACCCCUCAGCACUUCACCCUCAAACAAAACAUGAACACUGUAUUUGAACUGCAAAUGAUCACAUCAGUUUCGUAAAAUAUUUAAACCAACACGUCUGGCUACCUCUAGCUCUGAACCGAACUUAGCCAAGACCAUAACCUCAAUUGAUCCGUCGUCAGCUCCUCGUGUGUGUCUGUCGAACUGUGGCCAUGAAAGUAAAGGUGAUCUCUAUCUUGGAAGAUAACUAUAUGUAUCUGGUCAUUGAUGAGCAGAGCAAAGAGGCAAUUGCCGUCGACCCUGCUUUGCCACAUCGGCUUUUACAGAUAGUGAAACGGGAAGGAGUGUCUCUCUUAGCCAUCCUCACUACCCAUCAUCACUGGGACCACGCAAGGGGCAACGAAGAUUUGUUGAAAGAAGUUCCAGGACUGAGGGUGUAUGGUGGAGAUGAUCGUAUCAAAGGACUGACAGAUAAAGUAACCAACUGCCAGGAGUUGAAGUUUAAUUCCAUCAACGUGAGGUGCCUGUUCACUCCCUGUCACACCACAGGACACAUGUGCUAUUUCGUGUGGGAGGAUGACUGCACUGAUUCCCCUGCUGUUUUCACAGGGGACACACUCUUUAUUGGUGGCUGUGGAAAGUUCUUAGAAGGAACUGCAGAACAGAUGCAUCAUAACCUGACAGAAGUGUUGGGGACCCUCCCUAAAGACACAAAGGUGUUUUGUGGUCAUGAAUACACAAAGAGGAACCUCAAGUUUGCCUUAAUGGUUGAGCCAGAGAAUGAGAAAGUGAAGGAGAUGCUGAAUUGGGCAAAGGAGGCCAGAGAUGAUGACGACAAACCAACGGUUCCCUCAACCUUGCUGGAGGAAUUUGAGUACAACCCCUUCCUGCGUCUCUCGAAUGAGGCCGUCCAGAAGUUCACUGGGAAGACGGACCCCGUGGAGGUGCUGCGUGUGCUCCGCAAGGAGAAGGACAACUUCAAGAAGCCCAAAGACCGAGCAACCCCCCACGCCAUGAUGGCAAUGGAGUGGGGGCUGCUGCAAUCCUGACCCCCAAGCGAUCCUGACCCCCAAUGCGAUCCUGACCCCCAAUCCCCAGGCAACCUAUGCACAGAAGAAAGAGGCUUGAGAAGUGGCUUGCAAAAGAUGGGCAGAUGCAACAAAAACAGGAGGCCUGAACAUCACCCUGGGGGGUAGCAGGUUUCACGCAUUACACUAAGGGCAGUCGUCUUACCUUAAUACUGAUUAAUUCAUCACUUGAGUUCUAUGCCCUUAAUAGAUCCGUGACCUCAAACUGCCCCGGCACUCAACUGAAUGAUAUGGACAGAUGCUGCUUGUGUGCUACUUGAACAGACGGGCUGGGCCAACUGUUUGUAUUGCACUUGAACUUGAGAGUGUACACUAAUGAGGCUUGUAUACCAGAUCAGUUGGUAUUUAAUGUUUAAUUGUAUAAAUGUAACAUCACCUACACACAGAUCAAAUGUUACACUUUAAAUGCAUUAAGUGGCCUCUUCAAAGGUGCAAUUAUAUAUUUAAACAAUAUACACUACUGUUGAAAA